GUCUCCGUCUUCAUCAAAACGACAUCAUCACCAAGCGCGAACCGGAGGUCCGUCGCUUGGCAAUCCCAAAGAUGACGAAACUGCCCUUUCCUCUGCUCCCUCCCCUCCUCCUCCCCCUCCUCAUCUUCGGCGUCGCCGCCGCGGCGAUCAGCCCACGGCCUCAGCCGAUAAGCGCGUUGGAGAUCCCGAUGAUCUCCCAGAAGGGAGUAGGUGGAUGUUCUUACACCGUGGUCGUGAAGACGAGCUGCUCCUCGAAUAAGUUGACCAGAGACCAGAUCAGCCUCGCCUUUGGAGACGCCUACGGGAACCAGGUCUAUGCACCAAGGCUGGAUGACCCAUCUUCAGGUACAUUUGAGAGGUGCUCCACAGACACCUUCAAGAUAACUGGGCCAUGCACCUAUGAGAUCUGCUACUUCUACCUGCUAAGGAUGGGGAGAGAUGGCUGGAAACCAGAACAGGUCAAGGUCUACAGCCCCAACUCCAGAGCCGUAACUUUCUACUAUGACAUGUUCCUCCCAAAUGGUGUUUGGUAUGGCUUCAACUUGUGCAGCGGCAGCUCGGCCGCAGCCACGUAAUUAUAACAGUUUGAGGAUGUGAUUAUCAUUGUUAUUGCAAGUUUCUCAACUGUCAUGUGUUUGGAGUACUUGGACGCAUCUAAGUACUCUAAGCUGGAAGCUAUUUUUAUAUCUUUGCUUGUGUCUAGAGGCUGGGCGAAGCUUUACGUUUCUAUAUAAUCUAAGGAUGUAAAUGUGAAGUGAUCGGGCUGUCCUGGGGUGCAUAUGGGAAAAAUAAUAAGAUUUGAUUUGUAUCGGACCCAUAAUGCAAAUAAAAAUGUGAACUACCAAUGCAUGAGGUCUUGUUUGAUUA